AUGUUCUUCCGUCGAUUCCUGCCAUUCUUGACCGUUGCCUGCUUGAGCUCCUUCUUUCUCGUCUCGAUCAUUUACGACUUGAGCUGGAAUCAAGGACUACAAUUGAUUGGCAUCGGGUCGACGGAAGAACGUAUCAUAAUCGGAAGCGCGAAACACGAUGAAGAGGCGAAAGAGUUCAAUACACCGGACGUCAAUUACUCGAGCCCGUACCCCGUAGGCAAGACGAAGCCUCCUGGAAGCAAUUAUACCAAAGCAUUGGUCAUCCCAAAGUUGAAGAGCGAGGAUACGAGUUGGAUCGAGAAGGAGCUGGGAGAUAUGCUUGAAAAUGGCUUGUUACGACCAGCAGUCUACACAGUCAACGACCGCAAAGCAAAACUUCACCCUCUGAAGAACAAAGGCCACGAAGUCAUGGUCUAUCUCUCCUACAUCAUCGACUUCUACGACAACCUCCCGGACGUCAGUAUCUUCAUGCAUGCCCACCGUUUCGCUUGGCACAAUAUGCAACUCCUCGACGGCGACGCAGCGAAAAUGGUCCGUUUCCUCUCUCCAGAAAAAGUCACAAGAGACGGCUACAUGAAUCUCCGCUGCCACACCGACCCGGGUUGUCCAGACUGGUUGCAUCCAGGGAAUAGUAAAGAAAAUCCGGACAAACCCGAAGAAAUCAUCCUCGCACAUUCUUGGAGCGAACUCUUCCCCAUCGAUCCCGUUCCUACAGUCCUCGCACAACCCUGCUGUGCGCAAUUCGCCGUCUCCAAAGAUCGAAUUCUAGCAACCAACAAGAUGAGAUAUAUUUUCAUGCGAGAUUGGAUUAUCAGGACUGAUCUCCCGGAUUACUUGUCUGGGAGGGUGUUUGAAUAUGUUUGGCAAUUCAUUUUCACCAAAUCUCCUAUCCAUUGUCCGAACGAGACGGUUUGUCAUUGUGAUGGGUAUGGGUUGUGUUUUGAGGAUUUGGAGGGGUAUUUGGAGAUGAAAAUGAUCAAGCAUGAAUUGGAAGAGGAUUUGAGGGUGUGGGAGGAGAAGAAGGAGACUGCCAAGGUUUCCGUGCCGGAGCCUGGGAAGGAUGAGGUUUUGAGGAGGCAGAUUGCGAGAUUGGAGAGGAGUAUGAGGGGGCUUUGGGAGGAGGCUUUUGAGAGAGGGAAGGAUCCUAGGCAGAGGGCGAAGCAAGUUGGGAGGGUAUGGAGGGAUGGUGAUGGGUAUUGA